AAACUUUCGAUCGCGGAUCUUACGUUCUCCAUGAGACGGACGACAGUGGGCUCGAAGCCGCGGCUCAUGAUGCGCUCGCUCAACACUCGCACGGGCUUGGUUAGCAUGGCGGACGUCUCAGUAUCUCUUGCUCUUCGUCGUUCCGGCGCUGCUGCCAAAGUCUCCUGUUGGGUUGUGGUGCCUCCACUUCACUGCAACUCGACUUGCGUUUUUCCGCCCCACGUGAAGUUUCGAAAAGACCUUGUGACAAGCACUCACCAGCUUGUUCGCAUAGUGAAACCAAGAUGCGGUGGAAAUGGGAUCUGUUUGCGCAUUUUCAAAGCCACAAUUGUAGUCAUGUGCUAA